CUCACCACCGGAAUUCAACACGGAGCCACAACGAUUUGACUGCUACAGCUCCAACGACGUCAUCUAUGUGUCUUAAGAGCAGGCCGUGCCAUUUAUUUGUCCUAUUCGAAUUAGGAUUAGCAGCAUGAACGGUGCAUCAGCAGCGCCGUCGUUAGAUGCUGUCGAUUUUGAUCCAAUUGAACACCUCAAUACAAUAUUCUCCCAUCCGUCCACCUUAAAUUCCAUAAACGUCACCGCGUCCGCCCUUCAAGCCCACCAAGAUGACCUCUCAACCUCCAUAUCCGCCCUCGUGGCUGCGCAAGCCUCCAGCGAUGACUCGAGCCUCCAGCGCAUGCAAUCCGCCAAAGACGAGCUCGCCCAGCUCUUCCGCAAGGUCGAAUCGGUGCGAACGCGAGCCUUCGAGACCGAGCAAACAAUUACAUCCAUGACGGCAGAGAUCAAACGACUAGAUGGUACGAAGCGGAACCUCACAUUAUCUAUGACGGCCUUGAAGCGGCUGCAGAUGCUUACGACAGCUUACGAACAACUGAGAGGGCUGGCGAAGUCACGGCAGUACAGGGACUGUGCAAGCUUGCUACAAGCUGUGCUGCAGCUUAUGAAGCAUUUUAACAGCUAUAGGAGUAUUGACCAGAUUGCGACGCUGAGCCGAAAUGUGGCGGAGCUGCAGAGGGAGUUGCUGGAGCAGGUUUGUGAGGACUUUGAGAUGGCGUUUGCGAAGGGGGAGGUUGCGACAAAGAAGGGUGUGUUAGGAGAAGCUUGCUUUGUUAUGGAUGCACUUGGAGAAAAUGCCAGGGCGCGACUGGUGACCUGGUAUGUCAAUACGCAGUUGCGGGAAUACAGACAGGUUUUCAGGGGCAAUGAUGAGGCUGGCAGCUUGGAUAAUAUUGGAAGGAGGUACAGCUGGUUCCGGAGGAUGUUGAAGACCUAUGAGGAUGAGCAUGCCGGUAUUUUCCCACUACAGUGGAGGGUCAAUGAGGUGCUGGCGAACGCCUUCUGUGAAGGGACGAGAGAUGAUUUUAAGGGAAUUUUGGAAAGAAGUAUGAGGCGGGCGGAUGGUGCGAAAAUCGAUGUCAACUUGCUGCUGAGCUGUUUGCAAGAGACAAUGGAUUUCGAGCACAGCCUGGAGAAGAGAUUCGCCAGCGAGCCUAGAGCAAGUAUCGAUACACUUAGUUCUAUCGAAGACAAACCUCACACCUUUGAUCGUUCGAUUUCGGAGGCGUUCGAGCCAUAUCUCAGUCUGUGGGUUGAUUCUCAAGACAAGCAAUUGGCGUCGAUGAUUCCGAAAUACCGGAAUCAACCUCUACUUCCACCCGACGAGGAGUUCUCUCCUCAAGCUGUAAUACCGUCGUCGAUCGAACUUUUCCAUUUCUACAAGACGACCUUGGCACAAUGUGCCAAGCUAUCUACUGGAGAACGUCUACUGGACCUCUCAAAAACGCUUGCUAAGUACCUCGACGAAUAUGCUCAACAGGUUCUUCUGCAUUUCUUGCAAGUACCUGGAGGCCCGAGUCUCCAGAACACAAUAUUAGUGCUCAACACCGCGGAUUAUUGGCACGCAAACUCCCAACAGCUGGAGGAAAACCUGAAGAAGCGAAUAGACAGCGACUUCGCACCGAAGGUUGACCUAUCCCCUCAAUCAGAUGCAUUCAUGGGCGUUGCAAGUGCUGCAGUGCUAGCUUUGGUGCAUCGAGUGGAAGUCGACUGUGAAGCCUCAUGGCGAGAAAUGAGGAAUACAAACUGGAGCAAGAUGGAAAGUGUGGGAGAUCAAAGCUCUUACGUUGCUGAGCUACUGAAGCAUGUCAAUGCUCAAGCGGAGCAGAUCUUGCCUCUGGUCGGGAAACAGCAGUAUGCCAGAGCAUUUUGCGAUAAUCUUGUGGAGCACCUGGCAACCACAUAUAUCGCAAAUAUUGUUCAAUGCCGGCCGGUGUCAGAGGUUGGCGCAGAACAGAUGCUUCUAGAUAAAUAUGUGCUCACGAAAGGUCUCACAACCCUUCUUUCGCACUCACCCACAGCAGCCUCAUCAUCCACCACCACCCAAGCCGGUUUCGUCAAGCGCGUAAACCACAGCAUGGGCCGUCUCGAUCCUCUCCUCAAAACCCUUCAAGUCCGGCCGUCGCCCCCCGAGGGUCUCGUGCAAGCCUACCUGAUUCACAUCAGUGAUCGCUCCGAUACGAAUUUCCGCAAAAUCCUCGAGCUGAAAGGUGUAAGGAAGCAAGAUCAGCCCUCUCUCGUUGAACUAUUUGGUGUGCAUAGAGAUGGGAAGACCAAUGGGCAGCUUGUGGCAAUGAGUCCUCUCUUGACGCCGCUGAUGAAUUCUGGUGGUAUUGGAAGUGGAGGAUUAGGAAUCGGUGCAGCUUCAGCACUGGGUGCUGCAUCGGGCGUCUCGAAUCUGCAGACGAGGUUCGAUCCUGCCAGUUUUGGGGAGAAGCUGUUUAGUGCUGCGAGGGAUGGAGUGGAGAGGAUGGGUACUGGUAGUGAUCGGGUGGGGAGUCCGAUGAGUGAGGAUGCUAAAGCAACCGUGGAAGGGAACCUGAAGAGCAUCGGAAAGUUCUUCAGAAGGGACAGUAAGCAAGAUAUUUCUUUAUUCCGUACCCCAGGUUCCCUAAUCCAUCGGUUGGGAGAAUGAGACAAGCUCCCAGCUCGCUCCCGGCUCUCUACUCUCCAAAGACAUAUCUUGCUAAUUCGUUGCAGUGAGUGGAUUUGGGGGGAUUGGUGCGAUUGGUGGGAGGUUUGGAGGCAAGCGCGAAGGGAGUGGGAGCAUUGAUGACACAGUCAGAUAAUUAUUAAAUUCAAAUCUGAGUUGAUGAUCCUCACGUUGUGACUUCCUCCCGAGAUCAUUGGAUUUCCCAGAAUGGAAAGGGCUUCUCAUCUAUGACCAAGCUA